GUCAAGAUGCGAGCCAGCCGCGCCCUAUAUUCGGUGACGCGGAGUGUGUUUGCCAAGGCGGCGCCGUCGCUGGACCACGUGUGCAUUGUCUGCAAGGACGUAACCAAGUCCAUUGCGUUCUACGAGCGCGUCUUGGGCGCCGUUCACCUCUACAAGGACGACCCGAACUUUGGCCAAGACCCGGCCUUUCUCCGGAUUGGCGCGGCACAGGUGGCGCUCUUGCCGCUCGCAGUCGGCCAAGCGCAGAUCCGAGACCACAACGGGGCGCAUUUCGCCAUGACGUGCAAGGACGCCGUCGACUUUGCGACCAUCAAAGCGUCCUUGUCGAGCGACUUGGCGGCGCAUGGCACGAACGCUGAAGUGCAGUACGAAGACUAUGGCCGGCAACUCUCGCUCUUCUUCAGCGACCUUGACGACAACAUCCUCGAGAUCACGCAUUGGAAGACGUCGUAAAUGCACGCUGCAGGCCGCAAGCGCCAUCCCGAAUGUGCGAUGUGAGAAUUGAGAGUUGAGAAUUGAGAAGUGGGAAUUGGAGAAUUGAAGAAUUGAGUUGGUCGGUGA